GAAUUGGAGCGCGAGUCCGAUCUCGCGCGCGUGAAGUCACAUCUUUUUUUACGAUCGAGUUUUCGACAUAAUAAUACGUAAUAUACAACGUAAUAAUAAAUCGACGUCCGAUUGACUGAAGCGCUUCCUUUUUUUAGUUUUUUGAGCCGCUCGCUGACGUGUGAAUGGGAUAGAAUUAUAAUCCUGAGGGAAGAAAAGAUGGUUUAGGCCCAUAAACAAGUCUCUUUCGAUUAUUUUAAGAAUGUACACAUCACUUCGGCAUUCGGUCGAUGGGACGCGAUACUCAUCGUAAUAGUAAACGUGGCCGAACGAUCGUGAUCAGUGUGUACAAAUAUUUUUGAUUCAACCGCAGAGGACACAUUACGAACGACAUUCCUUGAUAAGAUCGAGUCAAUUAUGACGCGCGAAAAAAUACCUACAAUUUUCGAACGUUUUCAGAUUUUUAUGGAGGACGAAAUGGGACCGGGCAAGCUGAUUACCUAUGGGAUCGCUAGCUCCGGUUUAUUCGUUGCUCUAUACAGGAUUAGACCUUUCGCAAAAUUUAAGAAACCGUCCGAUGUCCCAUCUCAUUUCUUGCAAUCACGAGUUCCACUCCAAGGCACUGUAAUGCGUGUGGAACCGAGUCAUGGUGCUCUACUAAUGGUCAAUCAUCAACCCUUAUUGCCUUUUCUUAAUUUUAAUAAUAAUUAUUUACCUGUAAAAAUCAGUGGCGUUAACAUUACGGGUAAUGGUAUAAGUUGGUUGCAAUGUGUAGUCAGUGGAAAACAUAUAACAUUUAUACCUAUAGUCAAAGAAAAGCAAUAUCUGGAAUGUAUAGUUGCAAUGUCACAGAAAGAUCAAGACUCGUUGAAGAUUGGCGAGGAGUUAAUCAAAUUAGGCCUAGGUACAAUACAUGAACCUUGGAUAAAGUUAAAGGAUAAACCUAUACUAGCAUACAAAAAAUCUUUAACAAGUGCACAAAAGUGGGCAGUACUUAGAAGAAAUGGAUAUUGGUAUUUUAUUAAACAGCCAACAGUUCUGUGGAAAGUGCAAAUGUUUUUAAUUGAUAAAAUGAAGAUGUUGUUACCUACUUACAUAGUAAGAUGGCUUGAUCUUUAAAAGUAUUGGCUUUUGAUAAUAAAUGUAUAUAUAUAUUUUUUAUCAUAGGUAUAUAUUUCAAUAGCUCACAUUUCAAUUUUCUUCAAAAGAAUAUUGUGUGUAUACUUAAGGUUUUUUUUUUUAUAAUAAAAAUUAUUUUAAUAAUUUUCAACGUGUUUCAUUAAGAGGAUGUUCAUAUUAACAUUCAGAUAAAACAUAAGUUUAUAGAUUCCAGUAAAAAUAAAUUUUUACAUCUCUUUUUAAAUUUUCUGCCUCGAGCUCUCUUUUUGAAUAUCACAAUUUGUUUCAUACAAAUUUGAUAAAAAUUUGUUUUUAUUUAUAUAAUUUUGCUAAACUAUAGAAUUCUUAUAAUUAUCAUACAUUUCACACCUGACACCAUAUAACAUAUAUAAUAAAGUUAUUAUAAUUCAUAUUUGCCAUCCCACACACACAACUUAACAAAAAUAUUCAUUAUCAGUCCUUUAUCAUAUAUCAGUAUCAUUCCGAGAUUUAUUCAGUUAUGCAUAACUUACAUAAAUUGUGUUCUUGUGAAUAUUUUCGAUAUAUUGUAAAUGAAGAUAUAAAAAUAAUAAGCAUAAACUUAAUUCAAGAUUGUUUAUUGCACAAAUAGAAAUGCAAAAUAAAACUUAGAUAAUUUAAUAUAUUAUUAACUCUUUCUUAUAGAUUUAUGUUACUGGUUUAAUUAUUUUAAUAUAAUCCUAAUAUUCGAGUCUGAAAUUGAAAGACGAAAGAUAGAAGUAAUGCUCACAAAGCAACUAACGCCGCGAAAAAAAAAAGAACAAAAAA